GCUUGCAGCGAGUCCGCCCAGAACUGCAGCCCCACAGCCCGCAGGCAGUCCCCGACCGCCGCCAUCGCACCGGACCCGACCCGCGGCACGGAGAGGGCAGGGCAUGAGGGGAGGUCCCGCUGCGCGGGGGCCCUCCGCCCCUCGCCCUCGCCGCGGUGGGAGGAGACCGAUGGCGGAUGGCUGCGGUGCCUGAGGCCGGGCCUGACUCGGGGUAACUCUUAGAAAGUCUCCGCGGCGCCGUCCGCACCCGUGGAGGGUCCGCCUGCCGCCAUGCGGUGUCUGCUGGCCGGGCUACUGCUCGCGCUGCUCCCCGGCGGCCCCUCCGCGCCCGCCCGGCCCCUCGCAGCGGCCACCGGGCGGGGACCGGCCCGGGAGCCCUGCGGUCGGACGGCGGCUGGGGUUUUUGAACAUGACCUGUGGCUUCAGAAAGAGAUGGGAUGCCUAGGAAUGGCAGCAGUGCCCUUACGUGUGGUCAUUCAGGCAAGCAAAGCCUCUCACCAGCUCUUGACCUCUGCAGCCUCAGACAACCAGUGGAGCCAUUCCCUGUUUGCCUUGAUACCCUCAUGGACAAAGAAGGUGUUGUUCAAACGAGAGUCUGAUGUCAGCCUCCUUCUGCCUGAAGAUGUGUCCAAUAUGUCAGUGUCUUCUGAAUUUGGAAUAACCCUUCAGAAAUGUGGUAUGGUGGAUGUUGAACAUGACCCUCAAACUGCAUACAUCACACUUGUGGUUAAUAACACCAACACAUUGCUCUCAACAAAUAUCACAGAUCUUAUCCUCCUGGACAACAUCACUGGUCUACAUGUUCAAGAAACCAGUGGGAAUAAGACCACAGAUGGCAUACAGAUUUACAGGAAAAAAUCCUUGCAAGGUGGAGAACACUUUGCAAUCAACUACUCUGCACUUCUUGAUGCAGAAGGGACGUGGCAUGGCAGGGUCUUGACACUGCCUGCGAAGCUAACUUUCAGGAGUUCUUCACAGAAUAAAACACAUCUCGUAUCAUUGACAGCAUCAUUCACCAUAACAGAAGAAGAAAAGACCAAGGUAAAUUCUAUGAUUUGGUAUUACAUUGACUCUCCUGCUUAUACUUCUGGACAAUCAAAAAUUUUAUACAGCCAUGGCAUCAGUGCUUCAGGGUUCUUCAUUGCUUUUUUCGUUUCCCUUGUGUUGACAUGUGCUGUUUUUUUCAUCAUUUACCAAACCCAAAUAUUAAAAUGGAGUUUCUGUAGUAAAAACCAGGAGAUACAGCCUGAACACAACCAAAAUCACAAACUGGAGCAUUCUCAGUUUAAUUCAGGGGAUCUGUUUAGUGAAGAUAUAAUUUUGAAUGACCAAAUCAUUGAUAUUCUGUCCUUUGAAGAACCUGGGAACAUGCUUCAGGCUUUAGAAGAUCUGGAGGUUGCCAGCCUGACACGGGCAGAUGCUGAUCUGGAGGCCUGUCGAACACAGAUCUGUAAAGAAGUGAUUGCUGUGAUGCUGAAGAACAUGGCCUUAAAUCACAGCCUCUUUCCUCAUGUGGAGAAGAAGAUAAGUUCUGUUUUCAAAAAGCGGUUUCUUGCAAUGGAGAAAGAGAUUCAAGAGGAGUACGAAAGGAAGAUGGUGGCUUUAACAGCUGAAUGUCAUCUGGAAACUAGGAAGACAAUGGAGGCUCAAUGCCAAAAAGCAAGAGCUGCAAAUGGAGAGGCUGAGGAACUAAUGAGGAAAAUUAAUGAAAAGCCUGCUGUAGAAUACAGAAGUCUUCUGGAUAGACUUCACAGACUGGAGCAGGACUGCCUGAAGAGAUUCCUUUUUGUAAAGCAGGAGGAAUAUUUUGCAAAGGCUUAUAGAGAGCUGGCUGUUACCCAAAGAAAGGAACUCCAUACUAUCUUUUUUACACAGAUAACAAAUGCCACUUUAAAGGGAGAACUGAAGUUGGAAGCAGCUAAAACAUUAGUGGAAGGUUACUCUAAAAUACAGGGUGACAUUGAAGAGCUAAUGGAUUUUUUGCAAGCUUGUAAGAAAUAUCAUCUGAAUAAAAGAUUUUCUUACAGAGAAUAUCUUGUAAGUAAGAUACAGUCAAGGUGUUCUCAUGUCUCUGCUCUUAUAAAUGCCGCAGCAGCCCAGAUAUCAAGUCUCAUUAAUAAGACGGAAAGAGCAGGUCAUCUACCUGAAAGUCAUUUGGGAAUGCUGCUGGACCGAGCCGAAACUGAAAUUAAUUUUGUUAAACAGAAAUUUGAUCAUGAUUUAAAACAAGAAAAGCAGAAGCUUUGCCAGAAACUCAUUACCAGGCGAAGGCGGGAAAUGCUGCAAAUGCAGAAAGAGCAUCAGAAGGAGCAGCUGUCACUUGGAGACCCCUUCAAAACUACUAAUGAGAUCUCUCACUACCUGAGACACUGGAAAAAUCUUCUAAGUGAUCACACCAUUGAAUUUGAAGAACUUACUGAAAAGCUUGACAAUGAGGCCAGCGAAGAGCUGAAAGAGCUUCUAUUUAAUGUAACGGAGAAAGCCAUUGAAGAGCUUAAACGUGUUCAGUGUGGAGUGUUUGUGCAAGAACUAGUCAAGCUCAGUGUGCCAAAAUUGUUCCUGCUAGAAGCUGUGGAGGAGCACAAAAAAGAGAUGGUUGUUAAACGUGGACAGCUUGAAAGGGAAGAACAUGAAAAGAGUGUGGCUGCUGAAGAGCUGCUUCAGCUCACCAGGCAGAAGCUAAGCCAAGAGCUGGAAACAGGCAUUUCAGAACAAAAAAAAACCAGGAGCUGGGAACAGUCAAUAUUCAUGCAACUUCUAAGUUUACCCCUCUCGCUCUCAGAAGAGGAGUUGCUUAGAAUGAGGCAAGAGUUGCACUGCUGCUUCUCUCAGGUGGACAGCAGCUUGGCUUGGCCCAAGAUAAGAGCAAGAACCUUGCUUCAGGCUUUUGAGGUGGAGCAGAAGGACACCGAGGUGCUGAAGGUUGAGCAGAAUUUAGCAAUGACCUGCAAACAGCAGCAUUCUAAAAUGGGAAAAACAGGAUCCAGGAAUAGAAAUAAGUUAGAUAUUCUGAAGAAAUCUUUACAGGACAAAAUUUUAAUUUAUGAAGACUCAGUGAAAGGUGAAAAUUUAAAUAGGAUUAAGUACGAGUUGCAGCUUGAAAAAGAGUGUCACCUGCACAAUCUGGAAAACAAACUUGGAGAGUUUAUUGCUUCUGUAGCCUUUCAAAAAACUGUUAAAAAAUCCAAAAUGCUGGAGCUGUAUACUGCUAUCAUAAAUGUGCAAGCUUUGCUCUUUGAACAACUGAACACAUCAAAAACCCUGUCAAAAUUGGAAUGUAUUCAGAUUUUAGAAGCACAUAAUCCUGAGAUUGAAGAACUUGACAGGAAGCUGGAGUAUGAGAUGUUGCAUAAGGAGUCAGCACAGCAGCAUCUAAUGAGUAGGCAGAGAUGGAUUCUGGAUGGUUUGGGACUCUCGAAUGAAGCUGUGGACACAAAUGCAGAAAGACAUGUGACAGUUCUGUUAAGACAGGCCAUGAAUAAAUGUAGACAAUUUAUAAACCUGUACCAGCAAAGCUUGAGAGAUGAGCAGUGGAAUUGCGUGGUGCUUGAAGAUCUCCUGGAAAAUAUAGAAAUGGAUGCAUUUUUGGCAAUUUAUAGUCAGGAGCUCCAUCUGGCAGGGUAUUUAGCUAAACUGACGAGGGUGCCAAUGGGGAUGUUGCACAGGGUCUUGAACUUGUUGCUGCCCUCCAGCUCACAAAGUGAAGUUCUUUCUGUCCUCGAUUCCAUCAGUAAAUAUUCAGAUGGUGUUGUUGAAAGUGACAGUAAUGCAGACGAGUCUGGCAGCUGUAAGAAAAGGAGGAACCAAGAGUUACGGCAAACACUGGAGAACAAAGUAAGGCAAGAUCUGAUAAACAGUUUAGAAAAGAUCCCUUCUCUAAACAAGAGAAAAGACAGCUUAAUAAAGAAGAAGCAACUUGCUGUCUUGGAAAAAGCAGCAUUCAUUCAUCUUGGAUGUUCACCUGCACAUCCUCCUGCGGAACAGCCUGAUCCACCUGUUUCUCUGAACUCUGCAACUGCUGAAGCUAUAGAGCUGUUAGACACAGGGGAGAAGAUACUUUUGUUCCGUGAGCCAAGUGAUCCAUUACUUGCUUUGCAUAAUUUUCCAAGGAAAAAGAAAAAGAACUUUCUUAAUUCUAAAAAGACUGCUCGUGCAAACAUGGACUCAUAAGAGCAAAUUCCAUUUAAAGUAUCAAUUAGGUAGGAGGAAGUUACUUAAAAUUCAGUAAAAUGAUGAGAAAGAAUGAAGUUUAUGGUUCAAAUAACAUUUGUGUUGUUUUAAUACGAUUUGUCUGAUAUUGGAAAUAGAUGUAAUUUUAGAAUGGCACAAUUAGUGAUGUGCGUCUUGCAUUUUUUAAUUCUUGUCAGUGUUUUGUUGCACUAGGUGAAAUAUGGGUGUUCUAUGAUGCACAUUCUGGCAGGCAGGACUCUGUUCCUUCAGUACAUUUCGGUCAUUUUCGCACUGAUUUUACUGUAGCUGUAUUUUCAUAAUUUAUAUAGAAAGGUUAUUUAUUAUAUAUAGUAGGUACUGGUUUACUAUUCUUGUAUUUAUAUUUUUGUGAUAAGCUGCAGUAUAGCAGAUGACAUGAAGAGAUGAAGUGGAUGAACCACUUGUCCUCUGAUUUUGUGUUAUUCUAGUUAAUUUACUGUUUAACAUUGUGUUUCUAAUAGGCUUUGCAUGUUCCUUCUGCAGUCUGUGUUUUUACAGUGGCAGCUGGUAGUCCAGAUCUUCAGCAUAUAUUUGUGUACUUAGCCUUACAUCCUGGAGUAACUUCAGCUUUUUGCUGUUGUUUCUAAACUUACUUUGGUUGAACUGUGAGUGUGGCUACAGUUUGAAGCUGUUAAAUAUUUACAACCUGUUGCAGUCUUUUUCUUGGUGAAGCAGUGGCACCACAUUUGCUCAGUAGAAAAGCAAAAAAUGUAAAUGG